AUGCCACUGGCUAGAGUGAUUCUCACAAAGAACCUCGCAGCUUCACGGCGCUUGUCACCCCUCCUGUGGACCUUUGAGAUUACACAGAAGAGCGUUCUCUGCAUCAAAGCAUACCUAUCUGCCGCCAAAUUCGGAUCAACGAGACGAUCUGGUUCUACAAAAAGGUCAACAGUCAUGGAACAACAAGUUGCGAGACUACCGGGAGCUGACUUACCCCAUGGAAGCUCGACUCCUGUAGUUUAUUGCUCAUUUCCAGAUUCCUUCUCUUCAAGAUUAUGCUGCCGAGCUCGAAAUAGCCAAGGAUCACUCCCUGGGAUGA